AUGACGAUUUCUUUCAUUGAUACAAAACUGAUAUUUAAUAGGAUUUAAGAAAUUCCGUUAGAAAAAGUUGUGAUUGAAUUAUAGAAUGUUCCUCAUUAAAUCUAUUACUAAUUCAGCUAAGUUUUAUUGAAUAUAGGUUAAUAUUAUGAUUAAAUUAAAGUAGAAAUUUUAGAAUAUAAAGAAGUUAACCAAGAAAAAUAUGACUAUGAGUAUAAUUAAUAUAGUUAAUUUUGUCUAAAAAAAGUUAAAGACCUGAUGAAGUAAUAUAAAUUAAGCUCGUAUUGUAAAGGUAGCACUAAUUUUAAAGAUGGAUCUUUGGAUAUAAGUCAUGUUGUAUAUUCAAAUGGAUUACUUGAUUUAAUCUGCUUGGACUACGACACGAUGUAACAGUUAUGUUUAAGAGACAGGCAGAUUUAAUUGGUUAAAGAUAUAAAUUAAAUAUUGGAAAGCUCAUUGUUUUGUUUAAUGAGCAGAUUUUAAAAUAGCACUGAAUAUAAAAUAAGAGUUAACUUUACUACUCUAGAUGGAUAUGAUUUAUGGUUAGAUUUGACUUACCAUAAAAUAUAGCCACCUACUUAUAAGGGAAUGUUUGGCAAUUUCUUCUUUUGCUUAAUAGAAAUAGAUAUUGAUGCAAAUUAAUAAAAAGGACUUCUAGACUAUACGAAUUCCAUUUAAUCUAAUAAUGCAAAUUUUAAUUCAUUUUUAUAAAAAGAGUUAUCUUUCUUUUAAGAAGAUAUUGGAUACUCGAUUUUAUCAUAGUCCUUCUUGGAAUGGUACUAUUAAGACUUAAUAAAAAAAAUAUAAGGUCUACAUAGUUAAUCCAAUGACCUACUUUCAAAACAAUGCGGUUUCAGAUUAAUAUCUUGA